GUUCACGCUGUAGUUGCUGCUGCAGGAGAGGAACGCGAUAGUGGAGACACCGAGGGGCAGAUAACUCCGUUUCCAUGAAUAACUGCCCCUUCAGCGCGACCGCCAGCUGACGCACUGCCCUGCGCGAACCCACGCGGACGGAGGAGCGACGCGGCGCGAUCGUGCGAGGAGUAUCCGGUGUUGUUCCUCUGCUCCAGUAUGGCUCAGCCGAGCUCGUGUGCUCAGAGCAGUAACGGUGUGGCCGACGAGUCUCCAAACAUGCUGGUCUACAGGAAAAUGGAGGAUACCAUCGCUCGCAUGCAGGACGAGAAGAGCGGGAUUCCCAUCCGCACCGUCAAGAGCUUCCUCUCCAAGAUCCCCAGUGUGUUCUCAGGCUCUGAUAUUGUCCAGUGGAUGCAGAAAAACCUGAACAUUGAAGACCAAGUGGAGGCUCUUCAUCUGGGGACGCUGAUGGCGGCUCACGGUUAUUUCUUCCCCAUAUCAGACCACGUUCUGAUGCUGAAGGACGACGGAACCUUCUACCGCUUUCAGACUCCGUACUUCUGGCCGUCAAACUGCUGGGAACCAGAAAAUACUGAAUUUGCGGUUUACCUCUGUAAACGAACCAUGCAGAAUAAAGCUCGGCUGGAGUUGGCUGAUUAUGAAGCUGAGAGUUUGGCGAGACUACAGAGAGCUUUUGCACGGAAAUGGGAGUUUAUAUUUAUGCAAGCAGAAGCACAAGCGAAAGUGGACAAAAAACGGGACAAGAUCGAGCGGAAGAUCCUGGACAGCCAGGAGCGGGCCUUCUGGGAUGUUCACAGACCUGUGCCUGGCUGUGUGAACACGACUGAAGCCGACAUAAAGAAAUCCUCCCGGAUGAAGCAGCCACACAAAACACGGAAGGUAAUCACACACACACACACACACACGUGUGUGUGUGAGGUCAAAGAGCCCACGGAGGACGAGCUACGCAACCAGAUCCAGCACUGGCAAGCACAGCUAGACAGACACCGGUUAAAAAUGUCCAAAGUUGCAGAGAGCUUGUUGAGUUUCUCGGAGCAGUAUAUCGAGUACGAUCCGUUCUUCACGACGCCGGAGCCGUCGAACCCCUGGAUCUCUGAUGAUGUCACUUCCUGGGAUCUGGAGGCCAGUAAAGAGGCAGGACAGCAGCGGGUGAAGCGCUGGGGAUUCGGCUUCGACGAGGUUCUGAAGGAUCCGGUCGGGAGAGAGCAGUUCCUCAAGUUCCUGGAGUCCGAGUUCAGCUCCGAGAACCUGAGGUUCUGGCUGGCGGUGCAGGAGCUGAAGAAACGUCCGAUCCGGGAGGUUCCCAGCAGGGUGCAGGAGAUCUGGGACGAGUUUCUGGCUCCUGGGGCUCCGAGUGCCAUCAACGUCGACUCCAGGAGCUACGAUAAAACCACGCAGAACAUCAAGGAUCCCGGCCGAUACGCUUUCCAAGAUGCUCAGGUCUGUGUCUUCCUGUUUUUACCUGACUGCACUUAAACCACAUCAUGCUGGUUUCGUCCGGAGGAGAACUGGCCCCCGACUGAGCCUGGUU